CUGGCAAAUCCAAGAUGGCGGCCAGCAUUCGAGCCAGGCAAAUAGGUAAAUUCUCCCUAAAUUUAGAUCUUUAUUUUAUUUGAUUUCAUUUUUAAAUCAAUUAGCAAUCGGAAAAGGUGCUCAGUAUUGAAAGUCUUUAAUCAUGAUUGUGAUCGUCCAAUUCAUUUAAAAGUAAAACAGAUGAUUGUCGUCAUUGAAAGUGAAACAACACGAGUUAAGUUGAGCUCUUUGAUACCUUAUUAAAUUUUGUUUAACAAGAAAGUUUCAUUUUAUGUUUCAGAUUCUUUAAAGCGCAUGCUUAAUCUUAAUCAACCACUCACGAAGUCAACUGCUAUCGAGCCAGUAUGGAAGGUAAGGUUAGGGAAUGAUUCUAGCAGAUAAAAAAUAUUAAACAGUAUUAUACUAUUAGUCAUAACCAUGACAAAAUUCUGAAAUCAACUCUCCUGAUUUUAGCACUAAUAGGACAGUGUAAUAGGACAGGUAUGGCUUUUUAAUUUCACUGCUAGCAAAAAAGUCUUGGAAUUUCUUUUAUCACAAAUUUUGUCCUGGUUAUGAUUAAUUGAUAACAUAACUUCAUGUUGUCCAGUUAGGUCCGUAAUCAUGCUCUUGGGAUUAAACAAACUGGACUCCCCCGGUUUUGUUUUUCACUGGUAUGAUUACUGACCGAAUUGGACUCCACUUAGUCCUAUUAGCAUUAUUUGUUAUUUUCACCACUGCGUGUCCUUCGAAAUCAAAACUCUUUGAAAUAGACUUUCAUCAAUCAAAAAAUGAAAAUAGCUCCAGUACCUCUUUUGGAAACAGGCUGCUAGGCUUUUAGAAAAGAACCUCUUGGAGUUCCCCUUUCCGGGGCUGUCAACCCCCCACAUUGUCAAAUAUUGAGAAUUGAUGGGGAAGGGAUGACAUAUAAAGUCAUAAUGCACGGCAUAUAAUGUCAUUAAUUUAUGCAAAAAAUACUUGUUGACUCCAAUCGUCACACAUUUACGAUGACACAAACUGUGCAAAAAAUAUGUUGUUGGCAUUGUAACAUAUGACCUGAUUGGUGUGCUUCCCACAAUGGCAUACCAGAGUUUAUGAUCGAUGGUAACAGUAAAAUAGCUCAAACAACACAAAAUAAUUGAAAUUUUAUGCCAGAAAGUCUAGUCUACAAGAAAUGGCAAACUUCGGCGAUUAUCCGGGAGAUUUCAGACUCUAAUCUGGAGACUGGGAAAUACGAUCCAAAAUCUGGAGUCUCCCGCAUUAUCCAGGAGAGUUGACAGCGCUGCCUUUCUGUAGGGGCAGGGAUGCAGUUAAUAAAAAUUAAUGAAAAGUACUUACUGAAUUGAUAAAUAAAUAAAUACAGUGGAACUCUGCCUUACAACCUCUCCGUUUAUAUGACCACCUCAUUAUUGUGACCAUAAUUUUUCUUUCAACACAAACCUAAAAAUCACUUAGUCAUUUUAUUUUGAAGACCCAGUUGAUGUGUCCACCUCAUUAUUAUGACCAGGAUUUAAUGCCCCAGCAAUGGUCACAUUAACAUGGUUCCAUUGUUAAUCCUAAUUUGUUGGCUAUGUUCUUCUAUCAUUGAUUAGGUCCUUGUGUAUGACAGAUAUGGCCAGGAUAUCAUCUCUCCUUUGCUUAAUGUCAAGGAACUUCGAGAAAUGGGAAUUACACUACAUCUGUAUGUUGAGUGUCUAUUUAGCCCCCCUUUUGGUAGAAAUGAAUUGAAUAUUAUAUUUGAACCUCCAUUAAGCAGGCAACCUAUUAAGAGGCCACCCUCUAUUAAGCGGCCAGUAAUCAAAGUCCCAAAAUAACAUUAUUGUGGAAAAGAGUGGGAAAUUGUACCGCAAGUAAGCGGUUGCGGCCACCCUUUGGCCAUUCCAACAAGAGUUCUACUAUUGUUGUCACCUUUAUUAAGUGGCCAUCAAGCGCUUGAUACUCUUAGUUUGGCUUCAUUUUAAUUAAGAAUGUGAUAAAUGGAAAUUCAGUCUGAGAAAGAAGGUGAUGACUGAUUGUGGACAGGUAAUGCUGCUCCCAUCGCUCAAGUGUUUCAACAUAAUUAUGCUAAUUUAUGACAAACCUCUUUAGUGGCCACUUGCCGGUACCUUGAAGGUGGAGGUUCAAACUGUAUACCAUUACUACAUCUAAGGUUUUUGCGGCUUUGUGACUAAAAACAAAAUUGUAAUAGUGGCAAUGUCUUUGAUCUUACAGUGGACAUUCCAAAACAGGAUGGCAUGCAUGAUGUGACAUCACCAGCUAACACUAUUAUGAGACAGAUCUGCUGAUUACUAGAGCUAUAUGCUAAGGGUGUUCUCUAAACAAUCAUCCAAAUAAUCUUGUUUGCCUCAAACCCUGAAACCUGCAUGAGCACCAAAUGUUUCUUCCCAUAUUUUCUGUAAACAAACCUUAAGGUAGCCCGAACCUAUUUAUAUGCGUGUUGGUUACAUUUUUGAUUUGCGUUUUUCAGAAUGAAAUAUUCAACCGAUUUCUAUGAUUUUUGGCAUCCUUAACAAACAAUAAUAGAACUCUGAAAAUGCAAAUCAAAAACAUAACCAACACGCAUAUAAACAGGUUCAGGCCACCUUAGUAAUUUUAGCAGGCAUCUUAUUAUACACAUAAAGCAAAAACUAGCCAUAGUCCUUUGGGCGUCCCAUUAACACAGGGUUCAUUGUGUCUGUACUGCAGUUCUACCUAAGGAUUUGCAAUAUCACACAGGGCUAAGGAUUAACCUGCACCCCUUCUGAAGUGUCUAUAUAGGAUGGUCUGAAGCCAUUUUUAGAUGGCUUGGUCAAUUGAGAUGAGCUGGAAAUUUAAUUAUGUGAGAACCAUCCUUCAGAAGAAAGAUCACUGUACUGAUUUCUUAAUUCUCUUGUUUUUUUAUUUUACAGACUACUGCAUUCUGAUAGAGAUGCUAUUCCUGAAGUACCGGCCAUUUAUUUUGUUCUCCCAACUGAAGAAAAUGUAAAACGGAUUUGUCAGGUUGGGGUUUUUUCCCGUUAAUUUUGGGAUCCAUGCCUGAGAUAAAGACUGUGUUUGACUUUCAAUUCCUUGUCAAAGAUACCCCACUCUCCCCUCCAACAAUGUGAGGUACACACCACUUUAGGCUAGGAACGCCAUUAGUCAAAGUGACGAUCAAAGCAGCGUACUACCACCUACCAAUACUGUAUUUUAGAUGUCAGAAAUUGUAAUUCAUUUAUUGUUAAUUUAUUUUUUAUCUAUAUUUUUAAACAGGAUUGUAAAAACCAACUGUAUGAGUCAUAUUACCUCAAUUUCAUUUCUGCAAUUUCAAGACAUCGAUUGGAAGACCUUGCAACAGCAGCUCUUCAAUCUAACAGUGUCACUCAAAUAACUAAGGUAACACAGUUGAUUUACAAAGCUUUCUGAAGGCUGUUAAGUGAUUUUAUUUUGUGACGACAAUAGUAUGUGUACUCUGAUUAACUGCUAAGCGAGAAAGAUUUUCUUGUAAUGACCAGGUAUUGCUAGCUACAUGUAGUUACCCAAAGCAUAUACAAUCUGUGUUUAACUUGAUAGUGGACAUUCAUGCUAUCUAAAAGGCUGUCUAAAAAGGGUCUGCUGACCAGUGUCACAUGACUGUAUCAUGGACCGAAGUGUACAACUCACUGAGGUGAUGUGUUUUUUAAAGUUAUCCACUGACCAAUUUUUGGUUGUAAUUGAUCACAGGCUCAGGUCCAAUAUUUCUCAUUGUCAAAGAAACUGUCUUGUGGUUUCAAUUGCCAGGUUUCAUUUCAGUUCAGUGAAUAGUGCUAAAAGGCCAUACAAUAUAACUUAUUAACCUCGUCUGUUUGGUCAUUACAGGGAAAUCUAAGACCUUUGCCUUGAUGCAUUGACCUCUCUCUUGGUUAAUAAGCAAAGCUGUGCUCUGAGGAAAAUUGAAGAGAGCCCAGUGUUCCAAAACUAUAAAAUCUAGGGUGCCCAGCACAUGAUUUGUAUGAAAAAUCUGAGAUUUUCUUGUUGCCCGAGGGCAAAAGUUAGGCACCAAGGGCCACCAGGCUCUGCUAGAGCACAGCCGUGAUAUUAGUUGUAUUUAAUGCUACAUGUAUAAGUGUUAGAAGUAAUCAUCUUAAAACUAAUAAUAAAUUUAUUAUGUCUCCUGUAGGUGUUUGAUCAAUAUUUAAAUUAUAUUUCUUUGGAAGAUGAAAUGUUUACAGUGAGAAAUCAAGACAGAGACUCAAUAUCCUAUUAUGGUAAGGUUAUUAACUUGAUCCAUCAAUUUCUGUCAUUUUCUUCUUUAAAAAGUCACAUGGCCUAUGGAUGAGACUUCCUCUUUACAUGCUACUGUUUUAUAUUUUUUUGCUUUUCCUUUUAAUAGUAUUUCUAAUUAAUAAUUAAUGACUCGAGCAGUGAACAUUUUUCCUCUUCGAACGCAAUUAAAGAUGUCUGUUUGUUUAUGUUAUUUUUCAGCACUUAAUAGACCUGAUGCAAAGGAUACAGACAUUGAAAUGCUGCGAGAUGUCAUAGUGGACAGUCUUUUCUGUGUAUUAGUGUCUUUAGGUUUGUCUUUAUCAUUUUAAAAUAAUUUAAAUAAUGUGCUGUGUUUUUAUUGCUUAAUGACGUUGCUGAUAAGAAACUUGUAUAAACAGAGCAAUGCCGACGUUUUUGCAGGUACAGUGCCAAUUAUAAGAUGCCCCAAAGGCAAUGCUGCAGAAAUGGUAGCUGAGGUAAUAUAUUUUUUCACGUCUUUUAAUUAGCCUGCAUCGCAGCCAGACUUGUCACUUGAGGCCUGAAUAGAGAACUUGUUAUGGACUGUCCAUAUCAGGGAUUUGGAAUGUCUGCGAUGCAAGCUACUUUUUGCCAGAUAGGUCUGAAUUCUAAUGUUUUUUAGUCUGAUAAACUUUGGAAAAACUAAAAGUCUUUGUUUACACUUACAUGUAUCAACCAAACUUUCUAUUUAGUUACCAGAGUGAUAAACCCAACUGGAAUGAUGGAUAACAGAGCAAAACAUUUAAAUCUCUUGGCCAAUCAUGUACUUGCACCAUUCUGAGUAGGUUUAUCAUGUCGAUGAGACAAAAGAAAGUUUGGUCUGUUGCUGAGGUAGCUUCAUUAGGGAUCCUGUUAAUGGAAUAUAGUUAUGAUAGAAAUUAGUGUGAUAAUAGUGAAAAAAAAGGAACAGAGUGGACCUAAAGAGAUGGCACCAGUUAUUCAGUUACAAUUUUACUUUUAACUGAAUCAUUGGUGCUUUCUUGAGGCUUCAAAUUAAACUUUCUUCAUCAGUAGGGACAAUGACAAAUGAUAACCAACCAGUUAGAGUCAUUAUAUUAGGUUAGGUUUUAUUUCCACCCACCUUUGUCUACUUCAUUAAAUAAAUGAAUAAAUAAUAAUUUGCAAGAGAAAUUGGGGUAAUCAAAGUGUGGUCCAUUUUAGUCUAUUGUCACACUUAAUGGGGCUUAAGAACUAGUAUGAUAAAAAGUUACAGAGUGUUUUUGAGCAAUCUUAGUGCCAGGCUGGUUGGUGUUAAUGUCAUUUGCCUACUGCAAAAACUGCAACAAUACCAGAUAAGUAUCCAAAGACUGGUUUAGUCAAUCAACUUAGGAUGGUUAAUUGUCUUUUUAGACAAGUGCAAUUUACAAUGACCAUAAAACUCAGAUGACCAUGUAGCUGAGUUCAGUUUAGAGUUUCUUUAAGGUUUUUAGUAGAUAGUGUUCAAAGUUAAAGAUCCACCCAUCUAGGGGGUCUGGGGCCAUGCUCCAUGGAGAAUUUUUAAAAACUGAAUGCCAGCAAAUACAUGUACAUUUUGAAGAUGAUGUGAACUGCAGAAAUACAAAUUUUAAAUGAAGAUAUGAUUGUCGCAGUUGUAAUUGCAAUUUUUCUGAAUUUUUGGGGGGGUUUAUUUGCAAUUGCUGAAAUUGGAAUUACCACGAUCAUAUCUUCAUUUUUAUGUACAUUGUACAUUUUGUAAGCAUCUUAGGCAUGAAGACCUUUUUCUUAGAUGGGUGACAUAAGCCAAAAUUAAACAGUCAGAAUAACACUGAUGUAAAAUUGAUAAAUGUUUGAAGAGCAAUAAAUUAUUGAGGGCCAACAAAGCAUGUAUGCCAAACAGUGACCUGGGUUGUUGCUUUUGUAUAGCACACCAGCAAAUAUCAAUAAUUAUUUUUCCAAAAGACCAUGGUAUAGUUCGCCUCAAGAAUGUUAAUUUAGGGUCAUUGUUUUGCUUCAUUCCACCUCAGAUCAGUCAUUUUUGAAUAAAUAUAAUUAUGUACACAUAGUCAAGCAUGACUGAAACUCUUCUUUGCAAGUCUAAUUCUCUUCCUCAUUCAUAUUUGGAAAUCCUAAAGGGUGGACAACAAUGCAGCCUCAAUCAUUAUGACUGUUCUUAAAUUUUUCCUGAUUCUUUAUGUUCUAAAAGCUCAGUUUAGUUUAAUAACCAAUCAUCAUUGUCUCCACAUUGGAAGAACUAAAUUGUAGUCAGAUUUUACGAUCAGGAGAAAGAUGGAUUUUUUGUGUCAUUUUUUGCUUUCAGGCCUUAGAUAAAAAGUUGCGGGAAAAUCUAAGAGAUUCUAGAAACAGUUUAUUCACAACAGAUAUGCCAUCUGGGCAGUUCAGGUUUGUAAAUGUUUGAUAAAACCAUUAAUGUACAGGUACUAAUAACUGCUGUUCAGUUACCCCCAUUAGCUAACUGCAGGUUGGGUAGCAGUUGGUCCCCAAGCUCAGCUGAACUGUUUUGUUUUCAACAAAACAGCUACUAGUUCAACAGAUAUGAUACUAGAUCAAUUAAGUAUAGGUAGUGACUGACUUCUGUGAUUUCAUGUCAUGCAAUUUUGGUCUGAAAUCUUACUUUUGAUUUCAAAUCGAACUUGGGCUGCAUUCUUGUCCAAAUUUAAAAUCCUGUGUAUGAUUUCAGACCAAAUUGCACUCCACUCAGUUCAGUUACCAUUAUAAAUGGACCGAUUAGUUGCUGCCAUUGUUGCCUUAAUAUGCUAACAUCCAAGCUGACUGUCAAUUUUAAGAAGAACAUGUACUUAUGUCCUCUUUGCAUCAGCUUUGUUUCAACCUUGCAACUUUUUUUCUAUGCAGAAUGCAGGACGCCAGAGCUUCCUAUUAAAGGCAAUGUUGAAUAUUUGAUUGAAAAUCAUUGGCAUAACCUCUCCAAAGCUGUAGCCAAAUUUAUUUUUCUUAGCAAUGCAAUAUCAAAAAAAUGUGUAUAGCCAUGUUUGAGGUACAUUGUAUUUUCAAGAGGCACACACAAGCGAUUCAUAAUGAAACUUUUCCUUUCUUGCUUGCCUUUAUACAUGUAUACUAGCCUUGGGUCUGCUUUUAUAGACAAGGUUGCAACCUCUUUACCUAUUUACUUGGUAAUAUUAUACAUUGUACUUACUAUCUGUCAUCUCAUUGGCUACGAGCCUACUGUUAAUUUUGGAAAUCAGCGCAACCUACAGAUUAGUUACUUAACUGUUAGCAGAUUAGUGACUAAUCUGUAGGUUGUGCAUGCAAUGCAUGUUUUGCAGGAGCAAUGUCAAACUGCAUUCCAUGUGGUGCUGUGUUUGUCUUUACUUCCUUCAAAACAAUGUGUUUUAAAACAAUUAUUAUUAGAUUCAGUUUUUGUGAGAUCUGGAUUUAUCAAGGUCUUGGUAAGUGUUAUCAGCCUCCACUUCUGGCCCCACUGAUAACACUUACCCCAACCACAUUAAUUUUAUUCUGGAUAUCACAAAAAUCUCAUCCAGUAACUAUUUAUUAUUAGUUUUCAGCGACCAGUGUUGGUCAUUUUGGAUCGAAACAUGGACCUGUGUACCCCACUACAUCAUACAUGGACUUACCAAGCUCUUGUACAUGAUGUUCUGGUAAGAGAGGGAUUAUUAUUAAUUCUGUCGUGAUUUACAUGUAACCUUACAUGUACAUGUAGCUUGAUCAUUCUCUUUGCAAUAUUUAAAUGUUUCUGCUUGUCUUCAAAACAUAAGAAUCAUUCUUUGUUUGUAGGAUUUACACCUGAACAGAGUUGUUGUAAAAGAAUCAACUCCAAGUAGCGAGGAGCACACAGAUCCACACCACAGGCAUCCCAAGCAGACCAAAGUAAAAACAUAUGAUCUUAGUACUACUGAUAAGUUCUGGGGAUCACAUAAAGGAAGGUAAGCUUACCAUUCCAUAGGUAUGUCAAAAAAGUUUCAAUCAUAUUCAAAAUCUUGGUAAUUUUACUUUUGGGUCGCACUUGGGAGUUCUUAAAAUCGUGUUUAAAAUAAUUAUUAUUGGAUGUCUGUGCAUUCCACAUCGAACUGGAAUUUGGAAGUGUUUGUUUUUGAGUAAUGAGGAAAACUGGAGUAUCUGAAGAAAAACCUCUUGGAGCAGGAGAGAGAACCAACAACAAACUCAACCCAUAUACAUGUAAUAUGGUGGGAGGCAAGUGCUUUCACCAGUGGGCCACUUUUGCUCCCCAAAGCAACCCACUUGAAGCACUAAUGUGCUACCAUCCAUACCAUAUGAUUAGCAUAUGAACAGCACACCUGGGAUCAGUGUAAGAUUCUUUAAAACUGCUCACUUAGCCCUCCCCUUACGCAACAUUUUGCCUGAGGGAAGAAGUUAGUGUUAAUAUUUGAUUAAGGGAGGGGUAGGUGGGAAGUUUCUGAGAAUCUCAUACUUACACCACCUCUAUAUCACUCUGAAAAGAGUCACUUAUUUAAAGACAAUUUUCUCAGUAUACUUUUUUAAAAGGUAUUCACUGACAAGUUUAUAACAUGCAGAAUUGACCCUAUCUAGUAAAGCACCUGGAACAAUAAGUCAAUUUGGAAAAUUGAUUCAACCAAGUAGCACUCUGUGACUGCUAAAAUUCUUCAAUCACAUUCUUAUUCCAGUCUUUCACAAGUUCCUAGUACCUAAAUUUAGUCUUAUAACUUUAGGAUUUAGAGGAGCUAAACAUCUCACGGCAUUCAUUAGUUUGCAGUAUUAUAAAUUAUUAUUUUGCAGUCCUUUUCCAACAGUGGCAGAGUCAAUACAGAAAGAACUUGAUGAAUACAGAGCAUCAGAAGAAGAAGUUAAAAGACUCAAACAUGUUAUGGUAGGGAAUGUAGUAAUGUUUAGUAUUUUUACCAUAAAUGUUUAUGUAAGAACCUGUUUAAGCUAACUUAGGAAAAUGCAGGUUUUUACUCGCGGGUUUUGACUGUAUGUCUUGCUUUCAAAGUUCUCUCUUUCUUGAGUAGGAUACUAGUCAGUUGAGGUAGUUUUGAUUUCGUGUAAUUAUUAUUACUGUCAACUUUUAUGAGACUUGAAUGAAGGCAACACAAGCAACAUUGUCGCAGUUAAAGACUCGAACUUUGCAGCAGCUAAAAGAAACUAGCCUGUGUGGGAUUCAAACCAUUGAAGUUUGCAGUACCAUUGCAGCACGCAACCAGUUUAGCUAACAAGCCAACUGGGAGCUGGUCCAGUAGUUGGUUUGAUAUAAACCAAUUGUUUGUUGAAGUAUGAAGAUGAAAAAAACAACAACAAUGAAAAUGCGAUUAUCAUAUACCACAAAUGCAAGAUUUCAUUGAUGCAUGCAAGUCAGUUGUAUCAAGCAUAUUGAAAGCAUAUGGUUUCAUUAAUGAAAUGCAUUUCUAUUCAAACUUAUUUUAAUAACAACAGAACAUCAUUCUGUUUUUGCUGCAGGGAAUAGAUGAGAGUAAUGAGGAAUCCAUGGGUGAACUUCUCACUGACAGUACAGCUAAAUUAACAUCUGCUGUCAGGUAAACACCAUUGCAAAAGGUGGAUAGCGCUAUCCAGUGGGGGAUCCACAGAUGGGGCCCGGGCCCAGCCCCUCCUUAUUUUUAGACCGGGGCUUUUUUUUGGAGACCGCCCCCCCUCCCCUUAUCUCAGGGUCUGGAUGACCGCCACUGCUAUCCACUGGAUAAAUCUAUAUCCAUUGGUUAGUACAAUUGGUUUCUCUAAUACUUAUCCACUACACAGCGAUUUGUCCAGGGCCCGACAUAAACAUUUACCAACCGCCGUCUAAAAAUGUAAAAUGCACUUCUUGGGAUUUUCAAUGGUAGUCUUGGUGCAAGUGGUCGUAGACAAUGCAGAAAGGAACAUGGGAAGGCUUUGAAAAUUAAAUACCCCUUGUGCGGCAGCUUCUAUGGAAAGUCAUCUCGCCCGAAACUAGAGUCAUGUCGCCCGAAAUUUUUAGUCCAGUUGCCCGAAAUUUUAAUGAAGAGUGUAUGUAAUAUAUCGCGUUUUUUAAGCGAUAAUGAGGCAAAACAAGCGGAAUAACUGUGUAAUUACGUCUCUGAUGCAAUAGUGAGACGAAACAAGCGGAUGCGUAUCAUAUCCCGUUCUUCAUGGGAUGAAGAGACCAAACAAGUGAGAUGACUGUGUAACAUAUCUCGUUCUUUUAGUCUUGAUAAAACAAAACAAGCACGUCAAAUGGGUAAUAUAUCUUGUUCUUAAAGAUUUGAUUAAACUAAACAAGCGCGAUUAAGAUGUUAGGAUGCUGCUGAGCAUGAGAACAUUUCUGGCGAGAUAACUCUAGUUUCGGGCGAUAUACCUUCAGGCGAGAUGACUUUUGGACGACUUGACCGUAAACCCGUGGCUACAAGGCAGAAUUGCGGAAGCGUUUCACAGAGCACUUUUCCCAUGAAGGGUGCUGGUGAUAAUAAAACAGAUUUCCCUGUGUUGCACCUUCUGAAUCAUUGUUUGUUUAUGUUACACAGUUCACUCCCAGAGCUGCUUGAGAAGAAAAGAUUGAUAGAUAUGCACACCACUAUAGCAACAGCACUGCUAGAUCACAUUAAGGUAGGGUAUGAUUGUAUGUGUAAUGCUAGCAUUAGUGCCCAUCAGCUGGCACAGCAUUGGCCGAGUGAUUCGUGCACUAUCAGCACAGUAUUAUUAGCGCAUAUUAUAUAAAAGAUUGUAUAUCCAACGGCAUUUUUCUUGUCUAUUCCCCAAGGCAGGAAAACUUGACGUGUACUUCGAGACGGAAGAGAAAAUUAUGAGCAAAGCCACUCUGGUAAGUUGACAGUAACAGCUUUUUUAGUUGCAAAAUAAGGACAUGAAUGAGGACCCUUUUAGCGUAAUACAUUUAAGAAAUAGUGUACAACAUGAUUGGUGCUCAAACAGAGUAGGUUUUUGUGACGAAUGUGAAUAAUUAUUGCACAAAUUAUGCAAUAAUUAUGCACACUCGCCUCCAUGGAAUAUUUUUUUGUGAUCUUGAAAUGACAAAGCGAAGACUAUUAUAUACUUUUUUUACUUUUGAAUUAAUAUUUCAGGACAAAUCAAUUUUGGAAAUAAUCCAAGAUCCGGAAGGUUAGUUUGAGGGUCAGAAGAAGGGUCACACAUGCAAAUUAAAAAUGUUACUGCAAAUUAAAAAUAGUACAUGCAAAUUAAAAAUUGUACAUGCAAACUAAAAAUAUUACCUGCAAAUUAAAUAUAGUACAUGCAAACUAAAAAUUGUGCUGCAAAUUGAAAAUAGAAAACAUAUCGAUGCAAAUUGAAAAUGAAACGUCCUGCCCGCAGUAAUAAGUGAUGAGGUCCUGGUCUGAGCCGUGCGACCUGGCCUUACAGCUGUCGGCCCAUUCAUGUUUCAUGUUUGUAAUAUUUUUAGUUUGCAUGUACAAUUUUUAAUUUACAUGUCCAAUUUUUAAUUUGCAGCAACAUUUUUAAUUUGCAGGUAAAAUUUUUAGUUUGCAGCAACAUUUUUAAUUUGCAUGUGUGACCCUUCUGGGCCACCAUAAAUCAGUGUUGUAAAAGUAAAAAUUUCCAGACUCUAAAAUAUUCACAACAGAUAAACGGAAAGUAUUAUUUAUUCGAAAAUAUUUUUCUGUUUCUGAUUAAAUUUAGAUGUGUGCUGUUAGUUCACGCGUGACGUCAAUCGUAAUGUCAUGAAAUGACAAAGGGACGCACAGUCGUCACGCAAAGAAGCGGCGCACUAGGUCAAAUUUAGACGUUGGUUGCUUUUAAUUUACGAUUGACGUGAAUGGUACUGUUAUCGAAGUACAAAGGAGCGCACAGACGUCCCUCAAAUAAGCUGCGCAGUAGCUCAGCUGCUUUGGCAAUGCGGAACUAGAGAAAAUGUAAUCAGGCCGAGGAAAACCUCGGUGGAUAACAGUGUCCUCGAUCAGCAUAAUUCUUUAUAUCAUACUUAGCUUUGUUAAAUAAUGAGUAAAAAUAAUUCCCAUUCACUUACUUUGCCUCGCUUCUCAAAAUACUGUAGCUUUAGUAGUCUUGUAGUGUUCUACAAUCGUCGUAUUUCCCUGAAUAUUUCUGAUUAUACCUAUUUGUUCAUCCACAGCUGGUACUCCUCAAGAUAAACUUCGAUUAUUUAUUAUUUACUUUAUUUCUGGACCAAACAUGUCACCGGUAAGUCUGUGCGAUAUGGUGACAGUAAGUUUCCUACCUCCGUUUAACCCAUUCGUUCCUGGAAAUUUUGCCAAAACGAGUCUUCGGAAUCUAGCCAAACCGUUAUCUGGUCAUUAUCAGGCCAAAACUAACCAAAACGCUGUUUAUAAGUCGAGCACUUCGCAGCUUUCCGUUGUGAUGCUCAAGUUCGUGCAUAACAACAAAAUAGCGUAACAACCCCCAACACUGUUGGGCCAACAGUGUUGGGAGUUGUUGCGUCCGUGUUGGCUGUGGUGUCUAAAGGGAUGCAACAACACCCAACAAUGUUGGGACCUGUAGUGCAUCGUGGGAAGGAUGUAACCCAUAAGACUAUGGAGACCAUGUAUAAUACACGUGCCGGGCCCUAGCAAUGUCGAAAGAGCUGUUCAAGCGAAUCCAACAUUGUUGCGCCACGCUUCGGCGAUGCAGUUGUCCCUUUCAUAAACGGUCGCUGCCAUGAUUAAGACACUUAGGGUGCGUUCGAUUGGGAAAACUGGAUUUAGAUGUUCAAAAUCUAAAUCCGGAUUUCCCAAUCGAACGCGAAAUCCGUCCUGAGGGUGGAUUUCAAUUAAGAAAUCCAAAUCCUCAUUUUCUGCAUUUCCCUUUUUGUCGUUCGAUUGGGAACUCGUUCUCGUGAACAGUAGACUAUCUUGUGCUAAUUAGGCGGUACGCCUAAUUAGCACAAGAUAGUCCGCGGUACGCCUAAUUAGCACAAGAUAGUCCGCUGUUCACGAGAACAGUUUAGCAAAUCCUUUUUCGGAUUUCCCAAUCGAACGACAAAAAGGGAAAUGCAAAAAAUGUGGAUUUGGAUUUCUUAAUUGAAAUCCACCCUCAGGACGGAUUUCUGGGAGGUGAAAUCCGUUUUCGGAUUUCGCGUUCGAUUGGGAAAUCCGGAUUUAGAUUCUGAACAUCUAAAUCCGGAUUUCUCAAUCGAACGCACCGUUAGAAAAUUUUUCACCUGUUAUUGAAAGCGUUUCUAUUAAAAAGAAAGAAAAUCGCAACCCAGGGUCGAACCCGGGCCUUUCGUAUCCUGAUCUCUCUGCCUUACCACUACAUUGUACCACUUAGAUUAUAAGAUUGUAUUUUUCGCUUACUAGAUUGUAAAUAAUUUUCAGCUUAUAAUUUUUAAGAUUUUGCUAACACAUUUUAUCUUUUUAAUCUUUAGCCAUUAGUUUUUCUAUUCUAUAUCUAUAUUAUCAUCUUAUUUUAUCAUUUUUAUUAUCAUAAUUAUUCAUAAUUUUUAUUAUUAGUAGUAUUAUUGUUUUUUUGUUGUUGUUCUGUUUUUGCUUUGUUUUUUCCCUAUGGCGCAUUUGAUUAUAUUUACAAGGCUCGAAAUAAUUUCCGGAGAGCCUUCAGACACGAUGACCGGCCAAAUUCAUUUUAGCUCGGUCACUUAUCGUUUCUGGCCGGUCAAAUUUUAACUCUUAAAACAAGGGCCCAUGAACCAAAAAUGGCUUUAUAUAUUCCAAAAAACAGCUAUGGGUUCAGAUAUUUCGCGGGUUCGCGGGGCCGCGAAAUUUGUUAGAAAUCCUAUCUAAUAGAUGUCGAUACAACGUAACUGAAACUUAUCUCGGCUAUUGGGGCUGUUAAUUUCCGUCACGUUCAUUCCCACCACGAGCGAACAACGUUCCAAAACUACCAGGCAUAAGUUAUGUUGGGAACAACUGGGCACUAGUCAUGAUGUUUUAAAAUGCUUUGCCAUUUGCUCAUUUCUCGAGCGCUUUGUAGUUAAAAUAGCAAGUGAUUACCUCUGUUAAAAAACUUUAAACACGCUCGUCAAAUCAGCGCAAAAUCGAUCGAUUUCUAGCGAAAUUUGUCCAGAAAAUUCCACGAAAUCGGCCGUUUUUCCCUGUUUUUUUUCGGCGAAGUUACUCCCGAAAAUUUCCGCGAAAUUCCCGCAAUAUCAGCCUAUUUUUUCGCGAAUCUCUCUAAAAAUCCCGCGAAACUUGACUUUUUUCUCCGCGACCGAUCAGACGCCAUAUGUUGCUUAACUCAUAAAAGUGAAAAUAUUCUUAAUUUUGUGACUGAAAGCGCGUGAACCCCAAUGUCUGUUUCAAUGCGCGAAUUGUAAACAACGUUUCUAGUUGUAUUUCACCCAGGAUUUCAGAUCAACGUUUCGCAAUGCACAGCGACUCGCUACAUACUGAUAACAAUUGAAACAACUGAUUUCAUUUUCAAUACGAUCGAUUGUGACCAGUCAACAUGACCGGCAAGACGAAAAGUUGACUGGUCAACUCCCCAAUAAGUCCGGACAUUGUCCGUUGACCGGCCGUUAUUUCGAGCCCUGUAUUAUAUAGAUAUUUGCGCCUUAUAAGUUUUCGAAAUUAAUUAAUUAUUACAUUACCACACCGACCUGCCAAAAUUCCGAAAAAAUUAAGUACAUACACUAGCGAAAUGUUUUUCUUAACUGUUAUACAAUAACAGGCGACCCUAGCCCUUUCCAUAAUUUUUAUCGUAAAUUUAACUUGGGCUUCAACUUUGUUCUUUCUAAAACUAUUCAAAAACGUACUAUUUACCUUAUUGUAACUUAAUCCAGGGAAUAUAUUACAUCCAUCAUGAGUAAAGGCUUGGUUACCAAUGGUGGCAUCGACCGUUAAAAAUAGCAACGACCGUUUAUGAAAGGAAAAUAGGCUUCGACGAUCCCGGAACAAAGGAAAUGUUGGGAGUAUUUGACCGAUUUCCAACUUUGCACAACAACUCCCAGCAAAAUGCAACAACAUGCAACAGGCUGUGCAAACGGACGCAUCAUGCAAAAUCCAACAAUGUUGGGAGUUUUUGGCCAGCAAUGUUGUGUCCAUUUGCACGGGGCUUAAGAUGUCGAAGUUGUCUGUUAGCGUUAAAACGGAUGACGUUACAAGCGUUACAAAAGUUUUCUAAGCAAACUCACCCUGAUUCUUUAACCCGUCUUUGUUUGUUUAUUUGUUUGUUUGUAUACAGGCGGAGCUGGAUCAGUACUGUUCAGCCUUGUUAGAAGCCGGAGCUGACCUCACACCGUUAGACUUCAUCAAGAAAUGGAAGUAAGCGGAAAAAAAAUCUUAAAUUAAAGCAGGUAGCCAACCUUAUAGCAUUAAUGAUGUGAAUAUAUCGUGUUUUCUAGAGCGUUUACCAAAAUUGCCGUUGGUCCUCUUCAGUCGGGAGGCGGGGGUCAAAAUACAUAUAGGUGAGUCUAUCUUUUUCAUCUACCGAUAAAACAUCUUACUUACCCCUGGCCAUUUUUUAGCCAAGUGCGAGGCAAUGGUAGGAGAUUCCGAAAACGUGGCAUCCAGCGUUCCUGUGUUGUUUUCAUUUGUUUGUGUAGGUGGGCUAUUGUUUAGAAAACUCGUAUACCCGUUCCUUCGUUUUUAUGUUUUGUGACUGUAAUGGUCAUCUUGUGAUAAAAUGGACCUUCAGCGACGGCAAUGAAAACAUCAUCAUUAAAAGGAGGCGUGAUGUACGUGCAGAGAUGUUGUUUUUGUCAUCAAACCUAUUGCUUUUUUGACGUUUUGGUUGCCAUCGACGUCGUGGUCCUUAAGAAGAAUCAAAUGAAUGACAGGACGACCCCUGGAUCGAAGUUACAGAACUUAGUGGUUUUAGGCUAGCUCACAUUGUACAGGAUGGUUCCUCUUUGUGCAUCAAAAGCUUUCCCGUAGAGUAUUUGAACACCUGUUCACACUGCGCCAAUCUGAAGAGUAGCAUAGGAUCCUAUCCAAUAUGUGACGAUCCACUUUCAAGGUCGGCGCGGUGUUGCUUAGUCCCUAGGCCUCAAUUUUUCGCGCGGCCAAAGCGUUUCGGAUCACGUGGUCCAAGCGAAAAUGUGCCUCGAAUACGUCACCGAAGUGAAUUGACUGAGAGGGACUGGGAAAACGCCUUACAGGUUUCGUACAGGGACUUGGCAAGGGGCGGUGCAGCAUCGCUCCUUUACAGAAACCAUGCCAAAAUCACGCAAAAACGCCAAAACCACGCCAGUCAAAUUGUGAACAGCAAACCUAUCCGGUACGAUACUUUUUUCGCGCAACGCAAGAAUUAUCUGGAAUAAAGUAUACGUGGACCGGGUAUUACCGUUUACCUCCGUCUUGAAAAUUCGUGUAUUUUACUUUUUUUCAGCGCUAUGUUUUCACGGUUCAUGAAUACAGGAUCACAGUUUGUUAUGGAAGGAGUCAAGAAUCUAGUUGUUGGAAACAAGGUACACGGUUUGUACGGGUCAUGGAAAACCUGGGAAGGCAUGAAAUUUCUGGAAUUUUAUUACCAGUGACAGAAACUCGUGGCAAGUUAAAGUCAUUAGUUAGUGCAGAUAUCAAAGCAAGAACAGAGAAGCAUAGAGACAAGUAAUUAAACAGCAUGAUCGGCAUUUUGGUGAACACCAGAGUUUGUGUCUGUUGAACUGAGUUAGGUAAAAAAUCCCUCAAAACAAGAAUAGUUUUGAAACUUUUUGUAACGUAAGGCCAUGGAAAACGGGAAAAUGUGAUGAAAAAAAGUUAUGGAAAGUUACGCGAUUUGAAACGCUAAAAAAAAAAGAACCCUGAACGACUAAAGGUUGUUAAUGCGAGUAGUGAAAACGCUGCGUGGAAGAUGUUCAGAUUUUUAUUUCUCGCUGAAUCUUUUUUCGUAGAAUUUACCUGUGACUCGCAUCGUAGACGCGCUGAUGGACAAUAAGGCAAAUCCGGUAGGCAAGAAUUCAUUUGUUUUAGUAUCCUAAUUGAAAUUCUUGGCGAUUUUAACUGUAAAGUCAGGUCAUUUCGAUGACUAUCUUUAAAUCUGUGAAAGAAAUCUCAUCUUGUGACCAUUAAGAUGAAAGCUGUCAGAGAGGAUAAGCAUCACGUUAACGUCAAACGGCGAACGCGAAUUUGUACCACGUGACCAAGUUUCAUCUUUACUUGUCGUUUACUGUUCAUUAUUUCUACACAUAAAUUAGGAGUUUCACGCAAUUUUUUAUCCAUAAGAAUUGUCUUGAGCUGUUUUUAUCUGCUCAUUUUCUAUUUUGAGAAAUUCUUAACUUGAAUCUGAGGUUUGACGUUUGCCGUUUGCCGUAUAUGUGAAGCUUAAAAUCUCUAUUAAACAGUAGUUUCCAGUGGUGCUUUUAAUUAUGCUGUACCAGGUGGUUCUAACUUCAGAGUCAGGAUGAAAUCUUGAACUGUAACCAUUCAAAUGAAAGGUACUGAGCAGUUCUUUUCCGUGGUACUGUUUAUUAUGCUGUACUAGGUGGUUCUAACGUUUGAGUCUGUGGAUGAAAUCAUGAAGCGUGACCAUUUAAAUGAAAGCUUCUAAGCACUACUUUUCUCUGGUGCUGUUCAUUAUGCUGUACAAGGUGGUUUCAACUUCAGAGUCUGGAGGAAAUCUUUGAAGUGUAACCAUUCAAGUAAAAGCUACAUGUACUGAGUAGUCUGUGGAUGGAAUUCUUAAGUUUGACCAUUCAGUUUAAGCUAUUCAGCAGAUUUAUUCCAUGAUUCCUUUUUUUUGUUCGAAUGUCAUCUAUUAAAGCGGCGCGGUACUAACUUUUUCAGGAAGUUGAAGAUUACAGAUAUUUUGAUCCAAAGAUGCUACGGGUAACAGAUAGGUGUGGAUUUUUCUUAUAUUACAUGUUUUGCUUUUUAUACCAUUAAAUUACAAUAGAAUUAUUCAGAUUACCAAUGAUGGUAGGAUAAAACAUUGUGCUAAAUCUUCUGGUGAGUAAACGAGAAAGAUAAAAAGAGGCAUUGAAUCUUUGGGAGACGGGGAGGCUUUAACCGAGGUCCGAGCCCUUGCCCUUUUAUAUACCAUUUUUGACAGAAAAGAUACCCCUUUUGUUGACUCUCUCCUUCCUCUGACUUGUCCCCAGUCGUCUCUUAGUUGUCUCUACUGAUUAAUUAUUUACUAGGGAAGCGCUUGGGUUAUGCGCGCGGGGAAGAUGGGAAUCCCCUUUGUUAAAGAGCCCGUUCUAGUCUUCCACGCCGAAUACUAAAAAUGAGAGACGACUGGGGACGAGUCAGCUCCUUCCUCUCAUUUUUGCCUCGUCGUGAGAGACACCUCUGCUAGCAGGGAACCCCUUUCGUAUCCCUGACUUUGAAAAAUGAAAAUUAGAACGUUUUCUCGACUUUUUCACAGCCAUAAACGCAUCUGUAAGCCCUUUUGGGCAUUUUACAGAUUGAAAUGAAAAAUUUCCCUACACUUUCAAAUAGAUCAACUGGUUAAAUCCCUGCCCUUUCAUAUACCGUAAAAUUCCGAAAAUAAGCCCCUCCAUGUAUAAGCCCCUCAAACUCGUAACGCAAAAAAACCUCCGUUAAAUCGCCCCUCCAAAUAUAAGCCCCUUCCCCCGGGGGGGGGGGGGGGGCUUUGAUUUGGGAAUUGCCCCAAAAAAAAAAAAAAAAAAAAGAAAAAAGGGGAAAUUUCUCCCAAAAUACAGGCGUGGCCCAAACGAUUUUUAAAAGAAAAUUUUAGCGGUCUUCCACCAUACACCAGUUUUCCCCCCCAAUAUUCAAAAGAUAAUCAUUGUCUUUACCCCUUAUUAAGCCCCCUCCCCCGGGGGGGGGGGGGGGGCUUGUACUUGGGAAUUGCCCUCAAAUACAAAGUAAAACAAAGAAAAAACGGUAAAUUUCCUCCCAACUAUACGGCUGGCCCAAUCGAUUUUGAAAUGCAAAUUUUGACGUGCUUACACACUACACACGUUUUCCCGCCCAUAAUGCAGAAAGCACAUAUUUGCUUUAGCCUCUGAUUGGUUCGUUUGAUUAUCGGUCUGUGUUGUGAUUGGUCAUUCUUCAAAAGCCCUGAAGUCAACUGACACUGAAAAUCACGGUCACCGUAUUUCAACUGGUUUAUUUCUAUGUGUUUUACAGUAUGUCUAUACCACGAAACAAGACACCUUUUAGCGAGGUAAGAUAAUUUGAUACUCAAAAGUGUUGACCCCUGUUGUUUUAAUGGAGUCUAUUAGAAUGAUCAUGUCUAGCUGUAGGCUCUCUCGGCCCUUUUCAAAGGAGGAGCGGGGUUUCAUUUCCCAAACAUCGGUUGGUAAUCGUUACUUUACAGAAGUUGAAUUGUCCAUCUCCAUAAAUGUAAAAAAAAAACGGCGCAAAAAUCUUCAGAGUUGUUGAAAAAGGAAAUAAGUCUGACUUUUUCGUCUUCUGCCAGAGAACGUGUCGCUAGAACGGCGAAUGCCCCACUGACUUUCCGUUAAAACAGUGAAUUUUUAUAGUUCUGUGGUUUUUAUUAUUUAUUCAAAAUAUUCCUCGGCCAAUCCUUCAUAAUCAGCUAGCGUUGACCAAAUUUGGAAGAUGUUUAAGGAAAUUGAUCCGAUUGACGUCAGCCGUGUUGAUAUCGGCUGUAAAAGGGACGCACGAGCAAAUGGUGUGGUGACUCACUUGUUUUGGAGUUGCAUAGCUGAAGAAAAUGGCGGAAAAUUUCACUCUUUGUGUGAAGCCGAACUUCGCCUCAAGAACGUAGCAAGAAUAGACAAAAAAUACCACGCGACCGAUGGCAACUGCUAUUUGAAAAUUAUCUGCCAAAAAUAAACUACCCUUCAUAUCCUGAAUCAGCCGAACUUUGUAACUUAAUAAUAAAGAGGCAAGCAAUUUAGCUUGCUCUGAGCUUGGAAAUAUUUGAAUUAAUAAUGACACCCUUCUCGAUCUGCAUAAUUCUCCAUAUCAUACUCAACUUCAUCCAAUAAUUGCUAAUAAAAUAUUUUGCCAUAUUCUUGGUAGGCGAUUGUGUUUAUAGUUGGAGGUGGAAAUUACAUCGAAUACCAGAACCUGAUGGACUAUAGUAAGGUAUGUUACGUUCAAAUGCUAGUCGGACAGUAAAUAAUAAAUAGUAUAGCUGAUGCCCGAGGAGCUAAAAGAAUGCCCGCGUGCUCAAUACGCAUUUCAGCUCUUAUUGGUCAACAUUUUGGAAAAGAAAAACUGUACAUUAUGUAACUUACCAAAUGACAACAUAGUUCGGGGUAUCUUAAAUCACAAGUAGCCUUGCUGUAUUCAAGUUUAAAAGUUGAAAAACCCUUGAAAAUUCUUGUUGUAAAAAAAGAUCUCCAAAAUUUCACCAUUUCUUGGAAGUAACGUCUCUUCUUUAUCAUUUCUUUAUAUUUUCAUUUCAGAGACACUCCGGUGGAAAGAAACUUCUUUAUGGUGCAAGUGAGGUCAUGAAUGCAUCCCAGUUCCUUAAACAGGUUUGUUUAUCAAUAGAUUAUAUAAGAGGCAACUUUCGAAAAUUGUUGAUAAACUUUCCACAGCAAAUCUCCUUCACUAGUCAGCGUGCUGUAUCAGAAAUAAGGUACCGCGUCUGUCAAGAAGUUUUCAAGUGCACUUUAAGGCUAUUAUGCGGGUCUUGAAUAUUGCAAUUUCGGAAACUGCGUAUUCUGAGAUUUUGCAAGGAUCUGGUUGCAAAUAGAAUAAAUUUCGCAAAUGCAAAUUAUUGCGACAGCUGAAUUUUCAGGGAUUGGCUGAUCAAUGGGAAAAAACAAAGAUACGUUAACCCUUUGAACGCUGGGCGAAUUUAUUUCUAUUUUUUAUCAACAAAGUAGAUGCAAUUUAACAAAAAUAAGAUAAAAGUCUUUUCACGAUUUGAGCAACUUCAAGUUGCAUGUUUAGCUAAAAUGUCAGGGAUUUUAUACACGUGUUAACUUUGAACAUUGCUUAGUUCACUCUCAGACUAUUUUUACAAAUGGAUUAAGAUUAAAACGAAAGCUGUAAGUUCACAUACCAUACCUGGAGUUGCACUUGGGCCCUGUUUAACGGUCUGUCCUCUUUCAGUCAGUAGGGAACUUAACGAACAACGACGGCGACGGCGACGGCGACGGCUACGAAAACGUCACUUAAAAAGUGCAUCCCGCAAACUUUAUCGCGCUUAUUCCAUCUCGUUCAAUUCGUCAAAUGUUGGCCAAUUUUUUGGGAGUUGAAUUCUAAAGAACGGUAUCAAAUUUCAGGAAAAGAAAAAAAAAGUUGUUGUCUUGUGUUCCCGUCCUUGACAAAACGUGAAAUUGGGCAAAGAAAUGUACAAAAAAGCGUGAUGUGCGUGCAAGUUGUUUUUUGCUACUAUAAACCUAUUGCUUAUUUGCCGUUCCAGUUGCCGUCGCCAUCGUCGUUGCUUAAGCUCCCUACUAGUAAAAGAAUGGGAAACUUUCUUCCCGGAUUUCCUUAAAAGAGGAGAAGGAUGGGAAGAUGGAAAGUGAAGCUGUCCGCAGCCUUUUAUUGGCUAAAUCGAGUGAUUACUUUCACUUUAAGCCCCCAAUAUCCAGGCACAAGUUCUCCUUACUCAUCUUCCCACAUUUUCGUGAUAAAUAAGUUGAGAGAAUAGACCUUAUCACGGUUUUGAAGGCCUUCUUGACGAAUAGGAAACCGCGUGAGAAAUUACAGUGUUUGUACGAGAAUCUAAUGUCGAAUAAUUUCCCUAAAAGGGCUGCUCUGAAAAAUAAUAAUAAUAAUAAUAAUUACAUUCGAAGCAAAUUGUUCUUUCUUUUCAUUGGCCAAGCGCCCACCACGUGACCUGCAACUAACUGCCUACAAAUAGUGGUCUGCUCAUGCGCAAUGCCGUCCAACUGUGUUUGGCUUAAGUGUGUGGCUUAGUGUUUGGCUGCAAAUAAUAUUCUGCACAUGCGUAAAGGAAACCGUGCUUUUCUCUUUCUUGCGAUCGCUCUUGCGUGAAAACGGCAGAUCGCUUCGCUUCCCGAGGAUAUUCAUUAAAACAAACUCGGUGAUCGAAUGAUAAAACAAUUAUUGAACUCUGUUAUAGCAAAAUAUCGUGAUUUGUCAGUGUCUCGCAGAUCAAUUAUUUGUCUCGGCCUCCGGCUUCGGGAAAUAAUUGAUCUGCUCGCCACAGACAAAUCACGAUAUUUUGCUCAACCUCGUCAAAUAAUUGUUAAAAACUUUAUUUACGUGUUUAUUUAAGAUCUAUUUACGUAAUUGUAAACUGAAGCCUCACCCCUAACGUUUCUACUAAAAAAAUUGGAGGGCGUUACAUGCAGCUACAUGCGCUAGUACCACUUUUUAAAAUUUUGUAUACACAUGUCUGUAAAAAUUUCUCUUCCUGCGGACUAAAAUUUGCCGGGAAAAAUUGCAGACAAAUAUAUGGAAAUCAAAAGCAAGCGUGUGGAGGAAUUGAAGCACAGUUACCGCUCCCAAAAGUUGUUAGGAAAAUCCUCUGCUGUGUAGCUUUAGUUUACAUUUCAUAUUUUUCUCAGAACNUGGUCUGCUCAUGCGCAAUGCCGUCCAACUGUGUUUGGCUUAAGUGUGUGGCUUAGUGUUUGGCUGCAAAUAAUAUUCUGCACAUGCGUAAAGGAAACCGUGCUUUUCUCUUUCUUGCGAUCGCUCUUGCGUGAAAACGGCAGAUCGCUUCGCUUCCCGAGGAUAUUCAUUAAAACAAACUCGGUGAUCGAAUGAUAAAACAAUUAUUGAACUCUGUUAUAGCAAAAUAUCGUGAUUUGUCAGUGUCUCGCAGAUCAAUUAUUUGUCUCGGCCUCCGGCUUCGGGAAAUAAUUGAUCUGCUCGCCACAGACAAAUCACGAUAUUUUGCUCAACCUCGUCAAAUAAUUGUUAAAAACUUUAUUUACGUGUUUAUUUAAGGUCUAUUUACGUAAUUGUAAACUGAAGCCUCACCCCUAACGUUUCUACUAAAAAAAUUGGAGGGCGUUACAUGCAGCUACAUGCGCUAGUACCACUUUUUAAAAUUUUGUAUACACAUGUCUGUAAAAAUUUCUCUUCCUGCGGACUAAAAUUUCCCGGGAAAAAUUGCAGACAAAUAUAUGGAAAUCAAAAGCAAGCGUGUGGAGGAAUUGAAGCACAGUUACCGCUCCCAAAAGUUGUUAGGAAAAUCCUAUGCUGUGUAGCUUUAGUUUACAUUUCAUAUUUUUCUCAGAACAGCCGUUUUACGGAAAUAAUCAUAACUAUAACACAAUUCUUAAAUCUGAUUGGCUAUCAACUGCCCUGAUUUCAGCCUUAAUAGGACAGUUAAAUAGGACAGUACGCGUCAUGCCAAAGUAAUUGGACAGUACGCGCCAUCACGCGCGCGCUGAAAUGGCUUUUUUUUUCACUGUUAGCAAAAAAAUCUCUUGCGUUUUGAUUAAAAAGAGCCUAAUAUAUCACAAAUUUUGUUAAAGUUAUGAUUAAUUGGUAACAGGACUGAGUGGAGUCCAAUUCGGUCUGUAAUCAUACUCGUGAUUAAACAAAUCGGACUCCCGCUACGCGGUCGUCCGAUUUUGUUAAUCACUCGUAUGAUUACAGACCGAAUUGGACUCCACUCAGUCCUGUUACCAUUACUUAUUCGACAUUUGAUUCUCAUACAAACACUGUAAUUUCUCGCGCGGUUGCCCUCUUGUCAAGAUGGCUUUCAGAACCGCGAAAAGGUCCCUUUUGUGAUCAUUUCAUUGAUUCUCAGAUCAUUUUUUCCCGCGAUGAGACAUUAUAUUGUGAGGAGAAAAUUGAUGUUGGUCGCUCUUGGGACCUCCAAGUGUUAAGGGCUGAUGGUAAAAGUCAGAAUUAUUAACGGCGCUAUUCUCUCUGUUUACAGUUGGCACAUAUUGCUGAAGAUUCGUCUUAACAAGUGAGCGACCAACGGAAUUCAACGCCGAGCAAACCUCAGGGUUCGAUGUUCCGUUCAGAGCUAAGAUGUUCAUCACCAGAAAUGAAGAGGAUAGAAUNAAUAUAUCACAAAUUUUGUUAAAGUUAUGAUUAAUUGGUAACAGAACUUCGUGUCGUCCAAUUCGGUCUGUAAUCAUACUCGUGAUUAAACAAAUCGGACCCCCGCUACGCGGUCGUCCGAUUUUGUUAAUCACUCGUAUGAUUACAGACCGAAUUGGACUCCACUCAGUCCUGUUACCAUUACUUAUUCGACAUUUGAUUCUCAUACAAACACUGUAAUUUCUCGCGCGGUUGCCCUCUUGUCAAGAUGGCUUUCAGAACCGCGAAAAGGUCCCUUUUGUGAUCAUUUCAUUGAUUCUCAGAUCAUUUUUUCCCGCGAUGAGACAUUAUAUUGUGAGGAGAAAAUUGAUGUUGGUCGCUCUUGGGACCUCCAAGUGUUAAGGGCUGAUGGUAAAAGUCAGAAUUAUUAACGGCGCUAUUCUCUCUGUUUACAGUUGGCACAUAUUGCUGAAGAUUCGUCUUAACAAGUGAGCGACCAACGGAAUUCAACGCCGAGCAAACCUCAGGGUUCGAUGUUCCGUUCAGAGCUAAAAUGUUCAUCACCAGAAAUGAAGAGGAUAGAAUUUAUUUAUGAAAUGCCGACGAUAAGGAAUCUCUGUAGUGAGGUUCUCUUAAUCAAGUCUCCUCUCAGGAGAUUGAAGACUUGACUGAAUAAGUAACAAGAAUAAAAGAUAAAUUUGUAGAUAGUGAAGGUCUGACACGUUCUGUGGGCUAGUUUCUAGAGCAAUUACCUGCAGUACAAACCACGUUAAACGUGAGGUUCAAAGAUUGCACUUGUGUUCCCUCAGAGAAGUGAUUUUUAAUUUUAACUCUUUGUACUCAUACCAAUGAUCUUUUCCAAUAACAUGGUUCUCUCCACUCCACUGUAAGAUCCGAAUGUCUUGAUCAUUGUAUAAAAGGUCUCAAAAUAAAAGAAUAUAUCAAAACGAAUGUAAGAAAAUACUUGUUUAGAUCGUGUGGCAGAUGCUACAGGGGAAAGGAGAAAUUCGCGUACACGCGAUUAAUUUUGUCUUCCUCUUUAUUCUAUGGCGCCUGCAAUGCGGAGUAAUGCUCAUCUGUUAUGAACUGAAUUAGAAAAUAAAAGAGGAAAUUGUUUCUCAAGA